CCUUACUGACGUAAUGCGGCGGGCCAGUGCUGAAGGGGUUCUCAAAGCCCUCAUCUUGUAUGCUGGCGAUCUUUCCACCCGAGAGGCGGCCGUUCUGCACGUCUUCUAUCAGGUUCUCGACCAGCAUCUGCUGUUCGAGAGUCAUCUUCUUCAGCUCGUGGUGCACUACGCGCGUGUUGACAUUCUUCUCCCUGCCAGCGCAGAGGAAAUCGUUCCCGUUGUCUAUAGCUUAGCAUCAUGACUAUGCUUCCGGUGAAGCUGCCAAUGGUGCCGUGGAAUAUGGAGCGCUGCUAUUAGACGCGUUGCUAAUCGCAAUAAAAAGUGAUAAUGCCUGUAACCUUUAUACCUGGGAUUACUGCAGUUCCAUCAUACAAAAUGCGGCUCACUUACCAGUAGUCCACGGCGUCCAUGCCAAUAAGAGCGGAUUUGCCGAUGAGCUGUCUGAUCACCUCGUUGCUGACUGCCAUCAGCCAACCGGCCAUGCCGUCUCUGAGCAGACGCUGCAGACCUGGUGGCCAACGGAGAAACUAAGUCGCCACGGCCACCAGAGUGGACGGGGCGAUGAGGAGAGCACUCUACACGUGGCCACGGCAAAUGCAAUGAGCAUGGAGGAGUGCCGGCCCCGCCAGGUCAUCAUAGCAUUGUCCACGCCAAUGCCACCAGCGCAGGGACAGCGCCGGGACAACCCAAGGUUACCGCGGCGCGUCACAUACCGAGAGGAACAUUCGCCUCACCUCCCAGUCACGUGACCGCCCAGUCCCGCUCCGGCCUUGCCCGCCCUCUGUCGCCGGAGAAAAGCGGCGAACUGCGGAGCGGUGGCAGCAGUGUUGGAGCAGCCGCCGAGUCGUGGGACCACUGACAGCAGCAUGGACGACGGGUCGGAAAAGAUGUGGGGCUCACGUCCAUUUUGGGGCGUUGGGUCCGAGUUUGACCCUUCAUGGACGCUAACCGACCGGCAGAAGAAGCUCCAGGCGGACCUCAUCGAGCUCUGUCGUAAGAAAAUACGACCUCACGCGAUCCACUGCGACAAGACCUAUGAGUACCCGCGGGAGUCGCUGAACGCCUUGGCCGACAUGGGUCUGCUGGGUGCGAUCGUCCCGAAAGAGCUGGGCGGACUUGGGGAGAAUCACGUGUGCACCGCCAUGGUGGUCGAGACCCUGGCCCGCUACGGCUGCCCCAGCACCGCCAUGGUCUACACUAUGCACGUGGCUGCCGUGUCGACCCUGCUCUUCCGCUACCACAACAAUCCAACGAUCCAGGACGUGCUGCACCGCCUGGACAAGGACAGGCUGGUGGGGACGUUGUCCUUCAGUGACCCGGCUACCGGCGGCCACUUCUGGUUCCCGCUGUCGUCUAAGUGUCGUCAGCUCGACGAGAACCAUGUGAAGCUGCUCAAGUACGGCUCGUGGGCCACCUCGGCCGGGUUUGCUGACUGGUACGCCAUCCAGACAGUCAGCCCCGGUGCCAAGCCUGGCAACUUCGCAGACCUCUCCUGCUUCCUGGUUAUGAAAGACGAGGUGCGAGCCAAUGCCAACGAAUGGCUUUCCCUGGGUUUGCACGGAAACCAGUCGGGACCGCUGAUUUGCGAGGGAGUCCUGCCUAACGACAGGAGAAUCGGACCCAUCGGUGAUGGCGCGCGAGCAAAUGAUGAGUGCGUGGAUCCGUUCUUCCUACUGCUCUCUUCGGCCUGCUGGAACGGUAUCUCUAUGGCUUGCAUCGACCUGGUAAAGAAGCACGUCACCAGGAAGACCCACGGCGACGUGGGCAUGCGCGUGUGCGACUACCCGACCAUCCAGGACUACUUCGGCGAAUGCGUAUGCGACACGAACGCGACGCGGCUGAUGAACGCGUCGCUCGCCAUGGGCAUGGACCAAGUGACUGACAACAACAGCUGGGAAAAGCACAGCGACAUCACGUACAUGCCGAGAACCAAGUUCCUGUCCUGGCUGUGGCAAAUGAAGUUCUCCGCGGCCAAGAACGUGAACGUGGUAACCGAUAAGAUGCUGCAUGCGGCAGGAGGCUCUGGGUACAAGGUGGACUUGGGUCUGGAGCGUCUGCUCAGAGACGGCAAGGCCGGGUGGGUGAUGGGACCCAGCAACGAGGUGCUCAGACAGUUCGUCGGCAAAGCCGUGCUUAUUGGUAUGGACGCCGUGGACUACUGGGAGCAGAAUAUCAACACGCGCGCAGUGCACCACGAACUCAAGAAGAUGUCCCCCGAGCAGAAGGAGGCCAUCGCCAAAGAGCUGAUGGAGGACGUGCAGAAUGGUCGCCUUUCGGCUGACAAGGUCGCCAGCAUCGACGAUGAGGACUUUGAGAACCCCUUCAGCACUGGGCCACCGCAUUACGUCAACAAGACGCUGACGCUGAAUGGCCGCGAGUGCACGCCCGGCCUGAGUCCGGACAGCUACACCAAGAUGACGCUCCAGAAGCGUUCACCCAUCGGCGACAACAUGGAGCAGUUUGACUUCGCGUACCCCAGCAAGGACAAGCACAGCGGCUGCCUGCCGGGGCAGUAUGUCAAGGUGCGGAUCCGACCCGCCGGCCACCCGGUGCAGGAGCGCUACUUCUCACCCGUGUCUCUACCCGACGAGCCCGACCGGCUGCAGCUCAUCCUCAAAUUCGAGACGGCUGGCAUUCUGUCGCACCAUUUCCAGCAGCUUAAGCCGGGAGAUUCGAUCGAGGUGAUGGGUCCGUGCGGCGGCUUCGAGUACCACGCCAACACCACGGACCACCUGACCCUGAUGGCCUCGGGCGCCGGGGUCACGCCCUGUCUGCAGCUGGUGCGCUCCAUCAUGGCGGACCCGCAGGACCGCACCCAGGUGCACCUGCUGUACUACUCCGAGACCAUCGACGACGUCCUGCUCAAGGACGAGCUGGACAAAUACCAGGGCACCGACCAGCGGCUGAAAGUCCUAUACAGCCUGGGCGAGGCACCGGAGAACUGGGACGGCGAGGAAGGCUUCAUCGAUACCGACAUGAUCCGACACACGGUGCCAACACCCAAUGGAGGCCGCUGCAAGAUGGUGCUGUGUGGCGGUCCGACCAUGAUCAUCUCCACUCUGAGCUCGCUGCGACAGCUGCACUACCCGGCCCGCGACAUCUUCGUCUACGGCCAGUUCGGCGCCGAGCACGUCCGCAUGGUCUUCGGCCGCAACGUUCAGCUGUCCGGCCACUCGUCCAGCUGCGCCGUCUGAGGUCACGCGUGUACCGUCGGAAGCCACGCGUGCACCACUGUCACACGUGCACUGUCUGAUUACGCGUGAACCGCCAUCACACAUGGACUUUCUGAGGUCACGUGUGUACCGCCCGAGGUCAAACUGAUAGCCCUUGUGGCCGUCUGUACCGCCUGAGGACAUCUAUGCCGGCUGAGGCCAUCUAUACCGACCGUCUGUAGUCAUCUGUAUCGUCUGAGGGUACACGAUACCGUCAAAGGGCACUGGUAAACCGUCACUGGUCACCGGUCACCGGUCACUGCUCACUGGUCACUGGUCACUGGACACUGGUGACCCAUGGACGGAGGGUUCGUCUCUACCGUUUCCCGUGUAUUGUCUGAUGCACGUCUAGCCCUGUGUGCCGAAGACGGCUCAAUUUGCCACGAAAUUUGUAUUAUCCCUGUGGUUAAAGUUUGUCGGAGUACCUAUGUCCCGAUUAAAAGUACAUGUUUCACCAUAGGUAACCCGAUACAAGCACUGUACGGUCCAAGGGUCUGCGGAGAGCAUAAACCCACCCGGAUGUACUAGACACCAGCCCGGCGCAUGUGCAGUGCUAACAAUGGUCGUGUCGCCUAUGUAGCAAAAGGGCCUUGGUGAGCAUGUUCGGUAAUGUGUACUGGAUGUUUAACCUCCCGGCUUGUACAGUAACACAGUAUGGUGUGACGGUAUGUUUUGCUUUCCCAGAGUUUGCCUCCCGACCUCGCCUUUAAGCACCUUGAUGCGCUGGUCUCACCAAGACGUGGACCAGCUUUUACAUAUGCAUGCAUGUUGCAUCGCUGUGGGAUGAUAAAAGGUCAUUACACCAGCGCAUGUGUGGUUUGCUUGCUUACUUCUAUCUGUGUAAAUUAUACACCCGGCACAUCGCGAUACAUGGCAAGUUACAUGAACAUAUUUAAACAGUUACAUAAACAUUUUUUUCCAAAACCCUCCAAAAGCCAACAUGAUCUUAGAAAAGGGUCAUUGUGAAUUCCCCCGUGGGGAAGAAAUAAGAGCCAUUUAUUUGCCUUUCGUUGAAUUUGCGUGAUGCAUCUUGUUUGUUUAUGCUUUCCCCUAAAAUGAGUGCGUCAAGCCUUCGUAGCUUUUAUUACAGACGGAUUUUGACGAAUUUGUAUGCUGCAAACAUAACAGAACACCGGAAAAGCGUGGCAAAUGAAACUUUUACUUUCGUAAUGGGGAACAAGGAGUCUACCGCGAUUUCUUUCGCCAGGGCGGCUGACAAACGGAAGUUCUGAGCUUUGAGAAGGAUUUCAAGAAAUUGGUAUUGUGCAUAAAACCAGACACGUCUAAUCUAAUAAUAUGCGAAAGGUACAAAAAAGGUGCCCGUCUGCCUUUACGUCGCGACCAUUCUUGAUAAUGCAGGACCUAACCAGGUUCGCCCACAUGGGCGUUGCGUAAAUGGAAACGGGGUACUUGUGCGAUUAGGGAAGGCACGAAGCGGUGUUUUUUUUGCGUGAGCGGCGCGUUUGAAUAAUGAUACUCUGGCAAGCCACAGGCGUAGAAUGCGGCCUCUCAAUAUCAAGAGAACAGGAGGUACUGACAAGCAGAGACAUCGGUUAGCAGAACAUGACCCAAAACUCGGUGUUGUAGUGGCUUGACUUCCCAAAACCCAAAUUUUGGCACGAUGUCAAGCAACAGUAUUCCAUCCCAACCGUGUGUCCUACUGGAUAGGAUUAGUUCGGCAAAAUGGUGGGGUCAAUGGUGAGUAGGUGUUAACGGAUGUGGAAGAAUAACUGCAUCGUGAAUGGUGGAAAGAAUGCAAAAAAAAUAUGGAACAAUGAUGCGCUUAGUCCGUAGAGACCAGCAGAAGGAAGAACAACCCAGCAUAGGGGAGAGCUGGACGAAUAAUAAAAGUUAAAUCAUAGUUACA